GCUGGGAUGAGACGCGCGGAAGGGAUCUCACCACUCCUCAGACCCGCAUCGUUCUCGUUUAGCAUCUUUGACGACUUCCGACGAAGUUAUGGUCGGCGUGAUGAGUAUCAUUCAUCCCCCCAAAAAUCGUGGCUGCACCCCAGUUAUCGGCAAGUUGGAUAACUCGCUGUGUCGAGAAGGCCGGACCCCGCGAGCCGAGGCGCUGGACGCAGGCCGGGAGCAGAGCCACAAGUCGUCUUCAGAGCCGUCGCCGGCCUCCUCGCCAGAGAUGAGCUCGCCCCGGCCGACGUUCACGCAGCAGCGGCGCCACCAGAACCACGCCCGCUACCGACAGGACACGGCCAUGAGCGCGCAGCACCAGGAGGACGUGCGCUACCUCAGCUACACAUGGCGACGCGUACAGGAGGAGUGCGAAAACUCGAAAAACUCCGGCGCAGACAUGUCCUCUCUGUACUACCAGGAACCAGCGCGGCAUCCUGCGCUACAAGACUUCGAGCCCUUCGAUCUGGAGUCCUGGUGGGGACGCCGACUCUAUCAGCAGCUCACGGGCGGCACGUCAUAGUGCAUGACGUCACCACCCGACGGCCCGCCGCUCCUGCGCAGUGGCGCCCCUGCCCGGCGGGCGGGACGGGGACGUGACUGCUCCCGUCCCGGUCACGGCAGCCGACCGUGACGUGUCGUAACGCGCCGUGACCGCUCGCGUCACGGCUGGCACCGUGACGCCAUGUCGCCAGGGCGGAGGCGCCCCGCACUGCGGCUUGUGCGGUCACUUCAUAGAUGUCACUGCAUGCUCAGAUCAUCCCGCAUCAAAACGACGGAGCGUUUAGCCAAGAGAACUGUGUUUCAGUCUGUACCGUGUGCCACUGACGCUCGGAGAGAGGCGGGGAGCUGGCACCAUUCCAUAGGCGGCUGUUGAGGCUCUCACUGGGAUGAAAGGGCGCCAAAGUUUUUUGUUUUGUUUGAGAAGCGUGCGCCUCGCAUGUUGGUCGGCUCCUGUUGGCACGCUCGAGCAGCGCGGGCUGAAGCGCUUCGCGCGGAGCUGCGUGUUUUACCCAGACCAUCGUGCAAUACGCCGCUGUGCUACAUCCGUGGUGUGCGUGUGUGUGUCCACGUUUUUGUGCGUUCAAGCUCUUGCUUUAAUCGAGAUUUCUGUGCAUGUCGACGUGUCGCUGCUGUAUAAUACAAUGUGAAGUGGUGCUCUGGC